AUGAUGGCAAACAAAGAAGAGGAUGAGACAUUUCAAGAAAAUGACGUUUAUAUUAACCCCGAAGAUGGGAUGCCUAAUAUUCAUCCUAAUAUUGCUAAUUUAGUCCAAGAAAGCGAUUGCCUAAGUGAAAUGAAUGAAUUUGAUGACUUGCCUAAAUCUGUGAUCGUAACAAAUAUUCAUAGUGAUGUAUUUGCUGAUGAAAAAUUAAAAAAAGAAUUGGAAGAUAUCUUUCGUAAAUUUUCGGAUAAUAUAUCGUUUCACUGGUUACGAAGUUUUAAGCGCUUACGUGUUAAUUUUGAUAGCCCUCUUGCAGCGGCUAGCGCUCGUGUUCAACUACAUCAGUACCAAUUUUAUAAUUCUUGCAUUAAUUGUUAUUUCGCUCAACCUGUAACACCAAUAUCUCUUAAAAACUUAAGGCCCCCUGCUCCGGUGAAACAAUUUUUGAUAUCUCCGCCUGCAAGUCCUCCUAUUGGAUGGGAACCACGAGAGGAAGGUGAACCUAUAGUUAAUCCUGACUUGUUAGCUGCUAUAGCAAGCUUAACACCAGGGGAAAGCCAUGAAUUACAUGCACCAACACCUACGCAACCUGCUAUAAUUGUACAUACUGCACUAUCAACAGAAGCAAAUUCUGAAACUGUUGGCUGCCCAAUACCACAUACUCGCUGUCCUGAAUAU